AAAUACAAACACUCUUACAAUCACUUCAUUUGAUCCUAAGAUAUGACACAACAGACGACAACAACGAAGACAUCACUCGAGACCACAGAUGACGGCAAUGAAGACAACAGACAACAGCCAACGAUUUACGUGAAGAACUCAAUGGACAGAUUCGGUGAUGACUUGUAUGGACUCAUAUUAUCCUAUCUCUUACUCGAAGAUCGGUUUCGAUGUGAAUGUGUGUCCAAACAGUUCCAGAGGACUGUCUUCGGGAGUGUUGUCCACAUUAGUAUUGACGACCGAUUUCUCAAAAGAUUACUGUAUGAACUGAGAAAUCAUUUUGAAUUUUUGGAGUUUUCCUAG